AUGGCUGAUCCGGCCUAUGUCUACAAUAUUCGUGAGGUACCACAAGACCAGAGAAUUCUCUCGGGCCAGAAGUAUCGCAAGCAACUCUACUAUGUUGCCCAAGCUGCGGUAUGGACGAGUUAUCUGUAUAUUGCCCUGCGUUUGCUGGCACUGAUAUUGUCCAUCUCGGAUAAUACCUUCCAAAUUUGGGCAAUGGCAUUGACAGAAUGCUUUUUUAUAUACUUGUCUCAAAAGGAGCAGCUUUUGACCAUCAAGGCAGGCAAGUUGAAAAAUGGCAGCCCGCGCAAAAGACUGCGACUAGAAGGAAAUGAGAAUUUGCCUCACGUCGACAUCUUUGUGACCUGCUGUAAUGAGCCCACUUCGAUCAUUCUAGCAACAGUACGGGCAGCCUGCACUCUUGACUAUCCAACCUCCUGUUUUCGUGUCCUGGUACUGGACGAUGGAGGAUCUGCCUCGCUUAAGAAAGCGAUUUCUGAGUUGAAGACUCAAUGGAAUCACCUCCAAUACCAUUCUCGUGGACGACAAUCCGGGAUGGUUUUCGCCAAAUCAGGAAAUUUGAACUAUGCCCUGACUUCACUGCAAGAAGAUAAAAAACCGGAAUUCUGUCUUGUCCUUGACGCAGACUCGGUCCCAAAGAUCGAGUUUCUUCGGGCCACACUUCCCCAUCUACUAGAGAAUCCAAACGUGUCACUAGUUUCCACGCGGCAGUACUUUUUCAACUUGCCUGAUGGUGAUCCUCUUUCUCAAUCGCGGAGCCAUUUCUAUACCUGCCAAAACGCAGAAUUAGAUAUUCUGGGACGGGCCAUUGAUGCGGGAUCUGGUGCAGUCUUUCGGCGCAAGUCCAUCAUCGAUGUGGGUCUGUACCCUACAUUCUCCUUCUCUGAAGACUGGCAGCUGUCUCAGAUACUACAUGGCAUGGGGCACCGGACGCUACAGGUCCAGGAGCCUCUCCAGUUUGGACUCGUUCCAACAUCUAUAACCGGCCAUUCUGCUCAGAGAAACCGAUGGAACAUCGGACAUGCACAGCAAGUGACCGGGAUGAUCUCUUCAAAAAGCAACCAUCUCCCCAAAAGACUGCGAUGGAGUAUUGCGUGCAAUGGGCUUGAUAUCGUAGCAGGAGAGUUGGGAUCCUUCUUGGCAUUUCUUGUAAUCCCGCUUCUGUGUGUGUCGGGCCCACUCAUUCCCCUUUCCACGCCUUCACUUGUCACAGCUCAGAUCCUCUUGGGAGUGUGCCAAGUCUCAGUUACAUGGAUAUACGAAAAUCUACAAGCCGCAUCUACCGGUUAUAGAAGUGCCCCGUUUGCCCACAUGGAAAACAAGUGGCUGGCUGGCUCAAAUAUUUACGGUAUUUUACGGUUCUAUCUUGGCUCUGGAAAGCCAAAAGGAUCAGGAUCCUUCAUCACAGGCAGUACGGCCAAUUCUUGGAAUCAUGCCGCAACUUUGUCCAGAUGGACAAGAUUAUACCAUGAUCUGUUGGACAACGGCAUUUUUUACAAUUCUUUCUUGUUGGUGGUGACCAUCGGAACACUCCUUUAUUCUGUCGCAUCGGCUAUUGUGGCAAGAGAGAACGAAGGUAUGGCCACACAGGUACUCACAACGAUAGCUUUUCCGCCAUUGCUGCAUAUCUCCUGGUUAUCACUGAGCAAUAACUACGUGCCCGUUGCAUAUAUAUUCAACCCUCCCCGCUAUCCUGACCGGAGAUUGACUGCUGUAAAUGACAACACCAUGGAUCUUCCCGGAACCAAGAUUGAGAAAAAGCCUACUGUGCGGCCGAAACGACACUAUAUGAGCAAAGAACUGUUCCAACCGAGCCUGAGGCUGGAGAUCGACGAACCUAACCUGUGA